AUGCUCUACUCAUACCUCCUCACCGCAGCGUACGCACUGAACGUACUACCCACAUCAGGAACGUUCUUCGACAACUUUUACAUCGCACUGACCGUCUUGUUCCUGCCAGCCAAUAUCUGGUUAGCCCGCAACACCAGCAUCGUCGUCUCAAGCGCACCGACAGACGUCGACACAAUGGACACGGUCUUCAAGCACAUCAUCCUUCAAACCUUCGUCUUCUUCCGCCUCCGCGAGAAUCUCUCGAGCCGUGCGAAGGACAUCAUCCGCCGCAGGUUGGGACGAAUUAGCGAGUACUUCAGACGUGUGAAGGACAACCAGGAAUACACGCAGACACCCAAGGAUUUACUGCAAGCCUGUCGCGUUGCCUCUGGCGAGGAUCGCGUCGCAAUAGCCCUACUGCUGAUACCGGCGCUGCUGGCCGCUCUCUGCAUCGCGACCGGACACGCCCUGAAUCACAACAACCCGGGCUCCGGAUCCCUCGUCAUUCCGUACGACAUGGCAUUUUUGGUGAUCCAGCACCUCUGUGCCGUGGUAUGGGCUCCUCGUCAGCUUUACAACGUGGAAGUGAUGCGUGAGCUGGACCGCAGAAUCUCCGAGGAAGAACGCGAUGCGACAGGAAAGGACUGGCGGCUUCAGUGCGCAGACGUGGCAUGGACAUCAAUGGCGGGAGAGAACAAUAGUCUUGCGGCAUUGGGUUCUCUGUUGAAACUUUCACAUGCUUGGAGCGAUAGUGAAGGUGAAGCAGAUGGUGAAGAAGUGAGGUGA